AUGCGAAACGUCAAUUUGAUUGACAGUGCAGGAAUUGUGAAGCUUAGUGGUGUUGAACAGAACAUAAGGCGGUUCGUAACCAUCAGCCAAACUUCCCAUACGGCAUGUAUCUUGUGUGCAAUUACGGGCCGGGGGGGAACUACAACAACCAAUAUCCGUAUGAGGCCGGCGAUUGUGUUGGCCGUUAGUAAACUUUCUCCGCUUACGCAUGCCGGUUAG